CACAACCCUGGCCGGGCGGCCGCCCUGCCCCCGCUUCCUUUCACGCUGUCGCUGCCCGUAGGUGGUUGCGGCCACCGUGCUCGAAGGGAGGUGGCAGCGGCCAGUAAUGCCUGGGAAACUCCUCUGGGGGGAUAUUAUGGAGCUGGAAGCACCUUUGGAAGAGUCUGAGAGCAAGAGGAAGGAGCGGCAAAAGAGUGAUAGAAGGAAGUCAAGGCACCGUCAUGACUCAGAUGAGAAAGCAGAAACAAGAGAAAACGGUGUUACAGAGGACCUGGAUGCUCCCAAGCCCAAAAAAGCUAAAAUCAAAGAGAAGCUAAAUGGAGACACUGACGAAGGAUUGAAUAGACUUUCAGAUGAAUUUUCCACAUCUCAUAAGUCAAGAAGAAAAGAUCUAUCAAAUGGAGAUAUUGAUGAAUGUGAAAAAAAAUCUAAACGAAUAUCAUCCAUAGAAAGUUCUCAUAAAUCAAGUGUUAAUAAACUGGAAGAGACUCUAACCCGUGAACAGAAAGAGGGAGCCUUCUCCAAUUUCUCUAUUUCUGAAGAAACCAUAAAACUUCUGAAAGGUCGAGGGGUAACAUAUCUCUUUCCUAUUCAAGUUAAGACCUUUGGUCCUGUAUAUGAAGGGAAAGAUUUGAUUGCUCAAGCACGGACAGGAACAGGGAAGACAUUCUCUUUUGCCAUUCCCUUAAUUGAAAGGCUCCAAAGAAAUCAAGAAACAAUUAAAAAAAGCCGCUCACCAAAGGUACUUGUUUUGGCUCCAACAAGGGAAUUGGCAAACCAAGUAGCCAAAGACUUCAAAGAUAUAACUAGGAAACUCAGCGUGGCAUGUUUUUAUGGUGGAACAUCAUAUCAAAGCCAAAUAAAUCAUAUUCGAAAUGGUAUUGACAUUUUGGUUGGGACCCCUGGUCGUAUCAAAGAUCAUCUGCAGAGCGGCCGCCUGGAUCUUUCUAAACUGCGCCAUGUUGUACUUGAUGAAGUGGAUCAGAUGUUAGACUUAGGUUUUGCUGAACAAGUCGAAGAUAUUAUCCAUGAAUCCUACAAAACUGAUUCUGAAGACAAUCCUCAGACUUUACUUUUUUCUGCAACUUGCCCACAGUGGGUAUACAAAGUUGCAAAAAAAUACAUGAAAUCCAGAUAUGAACAGGUUGACCUUGUUGGAAAAAUGACUCAAAAGGCUGCAACUACUGUGGAACAUUUGGCCAUCCAGUGCCACUGGUCUCAGAGACCAGCCGUGAUCGGAGAUGUCCUACAAGUCUACAGUGGGUCUGAAGGGAGGGCCAUUAUCUUCUGUGAGACCAAGAAGAACGUGACUGAAAUGGCCAUGAAUCCACACAUAAAGCAGAACGCCCAGUGUUUACAUGGGGACAUUGCACAGUCACAAAGAGAAAUUACACUGAAAGGCUUCAGAGAAGGUAGUUUUAAAGUUUUGGUGGCCACCAAUGUGGCUGCCCGUGGUUUGGACAUUCCUGAGGUUGACCUGGUGAUUCAGAGUUCUCCUCCACAGGAUGUUGAAUCCUAUAUUCAUCGCUCUGGACGUACAGGGAGAGCUGGCCGAACGGGGAUUUGCAUAUGUUUUUAUCAACCAAGAGAAAGAGGUCAACUAAGAUAUGUGGAACAAAAAGCAGGAAUUACUUUUAAACGUGUAGGUGUUCCUUCUACAAUGGAUUUAGUUAAAUCUAAAAGCAUGGAUGCCAUCAGGUCUCUGGCUUCUGUUUCUUAUGCUGCUGUUGAUUUUUUCCGACCAUCAGCUCAGAGACUGAUAGACGAGAAAGGGGCAGUGGAUGCCUUGGCUGCAGCAUUAGCCCACAUUUCUGGUGCAUCGAGCUUUGAACCACGUUCUUUGAUCACCUCUGAUAAGGGGUUUGUGACCAUGACCCUGGAGAGCCCGGAAGAAAUACAAGAUGUCAGCUGCGCUUGGAAAGAACUUAACAGAAAGCUGAGUAGUACUGCGGUAUCCCAAAUAACCAGAAUGUGCCUCCUAAAAGGAAACAUGGGUGUUUGCUUUGAUGUUCCCACAACUGAGUCAGAAAGGUUACAGGCAGAGUGGCAUGAUUCAGACUGGAUACUCUCAGUGCCAGCCAAAUUACCUGAAAUUGAAGAAUAUUAUGAUGGAAACACAUCUUCUAAUUCCAGACAGAGGAGUGGCUGGUCAAGUGGCAGGUCUGGCCGGUCAGGCCGCUCAGGUGGCCGAUCUGGUGGCCGGUCAGGUAGACAGAGUCGACAGGGGAGUCGCUCAGGAAGUCGACAAGAUGGUAGAAGACGAAGUGGGAACAGAAAUCGAUCAAGAAACGGAGGCCACAAACGGAAUUUUGACUGAGCAUCUGAUAGUUAAUCUACCAGUGUGAGCUUGCCUAUUUCUGCCUAAUCAUGUGUACAUUAUCCACCAAAAAUUAGAGUCAUCAUAGUUGAGGUAUGUGUCUACUGUUUGCGAAGAAGUUGGUCGUAUUUUUUUAAAAAAGUAUUUCACAAGAAUGGCUGUAAACAAAUUACUUAUCCAGUUAUACCUUUGAAUAAAAAAAGCCUCCUUUUAUUGUCUCUUUUCA